CACGUUUCCCAAUUAGCUUGAAGGUCUACCAGAGUUACAGGUACUUGUUUUGAGAGAUAAUAAGCUGCAUGGAACUAUUACUAGUUCCAACACCAAGCAUCCCUUUUGGAAGUUAAGGAUUUUUUACAUUUCCAGCAGCCAUUUUAGUGGGUCUUUGCCAGCAGCAUACAUCAAAGAAUUUAAAGGAAUGGUGAAGGUAGACACUGUUGAAACAGCAUCUCUGUACAUGGAAAGUAGAAAUGAUCUCUUAUAUCAGUAUUCAGUGAAGAUCAAUAUGAAAGGUUCUAUUCCUCAAUCAAUGGGGAAUUUGACAAAUCUUGAAUGGUUAGAUUUAUCAUGGAACAAGCUUGUGGGUGAGAUUCCUCCAACAUUGACGAAUCUCAACUUUUUGGCUAUUUUGAACCUUUCACGAAACCAGCUUGAGGGAAUCAUACCAAGAGGUAAGCAAUUUGACACAUUCUUAGAAGAUUCAUAUGAGGGAAAUUCAAGAUUGUGUGGAGUUCCAUUGACAAAAAGUUGCAGCAAGGAUGAAGGAAAACUACCACAGCCAUCUUCAUCAACAUUCUUUGAGUUUGGUUGGAAACCAGUAGGCAUUAGAUAUGGAUGGAAAAAGAGGGUAGUGGAGAGGAAGAAGAUGGGAGAAGAAGUGGAGAGAAUCCAAAUCCGUCUGGGAUAG